AUGAGUCCAAAAAAUGUUGUUUUCAAGAAAACCUGCAAAGACAAGUCGGUUGGGGUGUUCAUGGGGAAACGAGACUUUGUGGACCGCGUGGACUCUGUGGAUCCAGUAGAUGGCGUUGUUCUGGUGGACCCUGAGGCUCUGGCUGGGAGAAAAGUGUUCGUCACGCUGUCCUGCACCUUCCGCUACGGCAGGGACGACAUGGACGUGAUGGGGAUCGCCUUCCGCAGGGAGCUGUACCUGGCCACCCGUCAGGUGUACCCGCCUCUGCAGGACCCGGACAAAGGYGUCCACACCAGAGUCCAGGCCAAACUGCUCCGCAAGCUGGGACACAACGCCUAYCCGUUUUUUUUCGAGUUUCCUGACAACCUGCCUUGCUCAGUGGCUCUGCAGCCAGGACCUCAUGAUGUUGGAAAGCAAUGUGCCGUGGAGUUUGAGAUUAAAGCCUUCAGCGCUGAGAGCCAGGACGCCAAAGUGCGCAAGAGGAGCUCAGUGAAGCUGAUGAUCAGGAAGGUCCAGUACGCUCCAGAGACCCAGGGUCCACCUCCCUCCGUAGAGGUCAGCAAAGACUUUGUCAUGUCCGACAAGCCUCUGGUCAUCAAAGCCUCUCUGGACAAAGAGCUUUAUUACCACGGUGAGACCAUCCAGGUCCACGUCAGCAUCGCCAACAGCUCCAACAAGAACAUCAAGAACAUCCUGCUGUCAGUSGACCAGGUGGCCACCGUGGUCCUGUACUCCAACGACAGCUACACCAAGUGUGUGGACAUCGAGGAUUCUGGGGACUCAGUGUCUGCCGGAGCCUCGCUGCAGAAGGUCUACAAGCUGCUGCCRCUGCUGGCCAACAACCGGGAGAGGAGAGGCAUCGCUCUGGACGGCAAACUGAAGCAUGAAGACACCAACCUGGCAUCGAGCAGCAUAAUAAAAGACGGAGUUCUGAAGGAGGUUCUGGGAAUCAUGGUUUCAUAUAAAGUUAUGGUCAAACUCAUCAUCGGAGGGAUGAUGGGGUCCAGUGAGGUCGGUCUGGAGGUUCCCUUCAAACUGAUGCACCCCAAACCGGACAUGGUGAAGGAGAGUGAGCUGGAGGAGGAGCUGGUCUUUCAGGAGUUCAAGCGCUCCUACCUGAAGGGGAUCAUCGGUGACGAUGAUGAUGAGGAAGGAAACGUGUCGGCGGGCGACGACAUGGCGCCCAAAGAGAAGUAGAAGAAGAGGAUCCUGGAUUAAAGGACCGUUCUGCUGUCUAAUCUGUUAGCCCUCAGAGUASGUGUUAGAGGGGACGCUCAGCUACCACCACACCAGSUUUUAACUCAUCAUCUGUAAAACUCAAAGAAGAAAAAUCAUUUGUAUUUGAUGACUGAAUUCCUCUCAUGUUACUGCUCCAAACAGAAGAAAUCUUCUUUUAAAGGAAAACGUCUCUAAAAUAAAUCCUAGGAUUUUAGUUUUAGUCUUUUCAGAACCUUCAGAGGUUCUGUUAGAACCAACUGGACCUGAGGUUGGAGCUCAUGUAGAAACGUUUCUGUAAAAAAGCUGCUUUUCUCUGACAGGAAGGAAACGUUUGUUCUGUUACAAUAAAACCUGUUGGAUUAAUUAAUUCCACAGUUUUUACUUUUAAUAUUUCAAAAUAAAAAAUUGUCUUAAUA